ACGCCUCAGUCGGCCUGCGCGCCUCAGCCUGGCGGUUCUACCUCCGAGGGUUCACCCGCCCUUGGUUUUCCUUACACCUUCGCCUUUGGCUCCUUUGACCACUCGAAGCCCCACAGCGGGUUCCAGCGGACUUCACCAGCGGACCCAGAAGUGGUGGGUGAAACACAGCCUCUGUUCCUCCUUGAGCCUGUGGGGAGCUGCUGCCUGCCGCCAUCAUGUCUGCUGCAAAUCCUGAGACUCCCAACUCAACCAUCUGCAGAGAGGCCAGCACCCAGUCUUCAUCAGCUGCGGCUAGCCAAGGCUGGGUCUUACCAGAAGGCAAAAUCAUGCCAAACAGUGUUUUUGUUGGUGGAAUUGAUGAUAGGACGGAUGAAGCUGAGAUCAGAAGCUGCUUUGGUAGAUACGGUUCAGUGAAAGAAGUGAAGAUGAUCACGAAUCGAAGUGGUGUGUCCAAAGGCUAUGGAUUUGUUUCAUUUGUUGAUGACGUGGAUGUCCAGAAGAUAGUAGAAUCACAGAUACAUCUCCAGGGUAAAAAGCUGAAGCUGGGCCCUGCAAUCAGGAAACAAAAGUUCUGUGCUCGUCAUGUGCAGCCAUGUCCUUUGGUAUUUAAUCCUCCUCCUCCACCACAGUUUCAGAACGUCUGGAGGAAUCCAAACACUGAAACUCGCCUGCAGCCCCUAAUCACGCUGAAUCCUGUAACUCAGUACGUUCAGGCUUAUCCUGCUUACCCAAAUUCAGCAGGUCAGGUCAUCACUGGAUAUCAGUUGCUUGUAUAUAAUUAUCAGGCACAUCCUACUUACCCAAAUUCAGCAGUUCACGUCAUCACUGGAUAUCAUUUGCCUGUGUAUAAUUAUCAGUCUGCUGCAAAUCCUGAGACUCCCAACUCAACCAUCUGCAGAGAGGCCAGCACCCAGUCUUCAUCAGCUGCCGCUAGCCAAGGCUGGGUCUUACCAGAAGGCAAAAUCAUGCCAAACAGUGUUUUUGUUGGUGGAAUUGAUGAUAGGCCGGAUGAAACUGAGAUCAGAAGCUGCUUUGGUAGAUACGGUUCAGUGAAAGAAGUGAAGAUGAUCACGAAUCGAAGUGGUGUGUCCAAAGGCUAUGGAUUUGUUUCAUUUGUUGAUGAUGUGGAUGUCCAGAAGAUAGUAGAGUCACAGAUACAUCUCCAGGGUAAAAAGCUGAAGCUGGGCCCUGCAAUCAGGAAACAAAAGUUCUGUGCUCAUCAUGUGCAGCCGCGUCCUUUGGUAGUUAGUCGUCCUCCUCCACCACAGUUUCAGAACGUCUGGAGGAAUCCAAACACUGAAACUUGCCUGCAGCCCCUAAUCACGCUGAAUCCUGUAACUCAGUACGUUCAGAUGCCACCACAGCGGCCUGUUGGGGAGCAAAGGAGUUAUGCUGUACCUCAGUCUGCUGCAAAUCCUGAGACUCCCAACUCAACCACCUGCAGAGAGGCCAGCACCCAGUCUUCAUCAGCUGCCGCUAGCCAAGGCUGGGUCUUACCAGAAGGCAAAAUCAUGCCAAACACUGUUUUCGUUGGUGGAAUUGAUGAUAGGACGGAUGAAACUGAGAUCAGAAGCUGCUUUGGUAGAUACGGUUCAGUGAAAGAAGUGAAGAUAAUCACAAAUCGAAGUGGUGUGUCCAAAGGCUAUGGAUUUGUUUCAUUUGUUGAUGACGUGGAUGUCCAGAAGAUAGUAGAGUCACAGAUACAUCUCCAGGGUAAAAAGCUGAAGCUGGGCACUGCAAUCAGGAAACAAAAGUUCUGCGCUCGUCUUGUGCAGCCACGUCCUUUGGUAUUAAAUCCUCCUCCUCCACCACAGUUUCAGAACACCUGGAGGAAUGCAAACACUGAAACUUGCCUGCAGCCCCUAAUCACGCUGAAUCCUAUAACUCAGUAUGUUCAGGCUUAUUCUACUUAUCCAGAUUCACCAGAUCAAUUUAUAUCUAUAAAUUCCGUCAUCCCUGGAUAUCAGUUGCCUGUAUAUAAUUAUCAGGCAUAUCGUACUUAUCCAAAUGCACCAGUUCAGGUCAUCACUAGAUAUCAGUCGCCUGUAUGUAAUUAUCAGGCUUAUUCUACUUAUCCAGAUUCACCAGGUCAAUUUACAUCUAUAAAUUCUGUCAUCCCUGGAUAUCAGUUGCCUGUAUAUAAUUAUCAGGCAUAUCGUACUUAUCCAAAUGCACCAGUUCAGGUCAUCACUAGAUAUCAGUUGCCUGUAUAUAAUUAUCAGGCUUAUUCUACUUAUCCAGAUUCACCAGGUCAACUUACAUCUAUAAAUUCUGUCAUCCCUGGAUAUCAGUUGCCUGUAUAUAAUUAUCAGGCAUAUCGUACUUAUCCAAAUGCACCAGUUCAGGUCAUCACUAGAUAUCAGUUGCCUGUAUAUAAUUAUCAGGCAUUUCCUGCUUAUCCAAAUUCACCAGUUCAGGUCACCACUGGAUAUCAGUUGCCUGUAUAUAAUUAUCAGAUGCCACUGCAGUGGCCUGUUGCGGAGCAAAGGAGAAAUCUGUGGACCGAAGCAUACAGAUGGUGGUAUCUUGUCUGUUUAAUCCAGAGAGCAGACUGAUAAAUUCUGUUGUUACUCAAGAUGACUACUUCAAGGAUAAAAGAGUGCAUCGCUUCAGAAGAAGUUUGACAGUAUUUAAAUCUGUUUGAUCCUCUCAGCUGUCUAGUUUUGUGGGAAGUUGGUGGUUUUGAAUAUUAAGCUAAAAGUUUUCCACUGUU